GACAGUUUGGCUAAGGAGACGCUCCCUAAUGCACUCUUUCUGCCGGAUGUCCGGCUUCUGUACAUCCCUUCAAAAAACCCAUUCGUAAAUUCAUUUGACGUCGAAACUGGCGAUUUCUCUCGUCUCGGGGUGGGUGUUGCCAAUCGUUCGAGUGGUGGUUGGGGCAGUGCCUGUGGUGGUUCGAGCCGACUCUUCUGUAUGGCCAAUGCAGUUUGUGCUAGCAUCUCUCUCUCUCUCUCUCAGGAGGCUACUGAACAUUUUGCAGCGCCAGUGCUCAACGACGAGGGAUUCGAACCCGGGAUGCGUGUGAUCAGAUACAACCAUUCACCCGCUCUGACUACACGAUCCUGA